AUGUCACACCAGAAUAACUCAUCCGUGUCGAGCAGCGGAAACAACGCCAACAAGCGUGCGUUAGGAAAUCUCAAGCUCGAAUUGCUCAAUGAACAGAAACAAGAAAUCCGGGAGGCGUUCUCGCUUUUCGACAUGAAUAACGAUGGAUGUUUGGACUACCACGAAUUGAAAGUGGCUUUCAGAGCCCUCGGAUUCGACUUGACAAAGCGAGAAGUCUUGGAUGUGAUACACGAGUAUGACACGGAUGACAGGAACUUGAUAACAUACGAGAGCUUCUUCCAAGCAGUUGGGGAGAGAAUUGUAAACCGUGAUCCCUUGGACGAAAUACGCCGAGCAUUCAAGUUGUUCGACGACGACAAUACUGGUAAGAUCAGCUUGAGAAACUUAAGAAGAGUCUCCAAGGAGUUGGGAGAGAAUUUAACCGAUGAUGACUUGAGGGCCAUGAUUGACGAGUUUGACUUGGAUGAGGAUGGAGAAAUCAACGAACAGGAGUUUAUCAACAUUUGCACCGAGUAA